AUGGCAAGCGAGAAUAACGAUGUGCAAAGUUUAAAACAAUGUAUACAAUUAAUGGUCACCGUUAUUUCUGCUAACAUUAGUAGCUUCGGAAAAAAAGCUAAUGAACAACAACUAUUAAAUGAUCUUCAAAACACAAUAGAAAAAACAUUCAUUGAGAAGGCCAAUUCAUCUUUAUCUUCUCAAUGUAGAAACUAUCUUUCGGACAUAUUAAAUAGAUAUAAUUAUGACGCUGAAGACCAAGUUUUUUCUACGAAGUUUACCAGAGAAACCGUAGAUCGUUUACUGCAUGAUUUGCAGGAUAUUUUAGCUUUAAUUGAUGCUUAUCAAGCUGCAUGGAAUGGGAAUGAGUCGAUUGUAAAAGAUUUUAUUGAAAAAUAUCCAACAUUAAUAGAUAAACCUAGUUUUUAUGGAACAACUCUAUUAUAUUCUGUAGCACGAAACAAUCAUAUUAAUUUAGUAAAAUAUCUUGUUGAAAUUGGCAAAUGUUCUGUGAACGUACAGAACGAAGAUUAUUCUGAAAGAUCUAAAAAGUCAUCAGCAAACGCGGCUGUUGGCUCGACAGCAUUACAUGCAGCUUGCUAUCAGGGACAUUUACAAAUUGUGAAAUAUUUAAUUCAACAUGGAGCUGAUUAUUUUAUAACCAAUGCUAUAAGUGAAACUCCAAUUGACAAUGGACUAACAAAACCUAAUAUUCAAAAGUUUUUUGCCGACUUUCUUCUUUCUACUUAUUCAAGGGGUUCAGAUAUUAUUCCAAAAAGAAGCAUUCUUGAAGAAAUUGAACGCAAACAAGAAUAUAUCAUUGAUUGUUUUUGGGAAUAUAAACCAACGACUGAUAACCGAUGGUUUACGUUUUCACCAGAUGCAUCAUCGCGGCUUCAACAAUCUUUAAUAGUAGAUUCUGAUAAAAUACUUAUUACUGAAAUCGAUUUGAAAGCAUCUCGAGAUUCUCAAAAAAUCUCGAUAAUACAGUUUUUACUCAAACGAAAAAAUGAUCAACCAGAGAAUUCGGCAUGGGUUCGUUGUAGAGGCUCAUCUCUCCUUAACUUCCGUUGUUAUUCACAAUGGCAAAUCUUGUUCAUCAAACACCCAACCGGCGAAAUAAAGCCUUCGCCUACAAUCGAAAUAUUAGAUAUGAAACCAACUAAAAUACGGUUAAAUUCAUGGUACAAUAUGGAUAAGAAAAAAAAUUUCUUAUUGGAAAGAGCAAUGAAUUAUCGACGAAAAUAUAUCACUAUUAAUUUGGAUUUCAUCAAUAAUGAACAAAUAACAUUCGAUCUCGAAAAUUUUAUUUUCAAUAAUCAACAAGAUACAGUUGGGGGUUUCUUAAGAUGGGUCCCAAAAUUCGUGUCCUGUGCUACGAAAUUACCAUUGACUAAUAAUUCUAAAUUAUCAGCUACUACUGAUAUAACAUUACUUACUACUUCAUAUGUAAAACAAGCAAAACGCGAUAAUUUGAUUCCCAGUGAUGAAAUCGAUCAAUAUAGUCUAAAAAGCGAUAAUAUUUUAAAUGAUGAUAUUUUGGAUCUUUCAGAUAAGCCAGUAAUGAAGGAAUAUGGUUCGAAUAAAUUUAUAAAUGUUAUCCAGGGUAAUCUGCUGGAAGAAAAAACGGAUGUUAUUGUCAUAAGUUCGUCGUCACAAUAUUUAUUUGAAAGCGUUAUGGAUGUGGGUGGAAAAUCUUUACGAAUUGCUUACAAUGCCAGGCACAAGCAAAAUGCACACCAGCCAGUUAUUAGUAUCCCGACAGAUGGCAAAAUUACAUCAAAAGCAGUUUAUUUUGUUGAUUGGCAACCAAACGAUAAUCCUAAGCUACUUUGUCGAUCUAUUCAACACUUAGUUUCCAAUGUAAUAGAAACAGCAGCCAGUGAAAAUUAUAAAAGUAUCGCAUUUCCAGCGAUUGGUUGUGGUCACUACGGAUGUUCAGCUAGUCUCGUAGCACAAACAUUUGUUAAACAAGUUGAAAAAGAAUUAAUUAACCAUCCAAUGAUGAUUUCAUUUGUUAUUCAAAAAGAUAGACCAGAAGUUUAUGAUGAAUUUCUACAGCAAAUUGGUUCAGACGGACAAAAAUUAGAAGCCUCAACACCGAAACGAAUGUUAAUAAAAGUAGGCGAAGCUACACUAGAAAUUAUAAAAGGAGAUAUUACAAAACAAAAUGCUCAUGUUAUUAUUGGAAGUUCAUCAUCUGAAAAUUUAAGAUUAGCUUUAAUCGAUGCUGCAGGGACACAAGUCGAGAAUGCUUAUAAUGAUGCCUAUAGAGACAAUCCAAAUUCAAUAAUUAUUACGACUCCAGGAGGCAAUUUAGAAUGUCAAAAAAUAUUUUUUCUGAAAUGGGAGCCAAACAAAAAUCCGGACAUUCUGCGACAGUCAAUCGUCGAUCUCAUCUGGAAUGUUAUUCAAAAUACGAUUUCACAUGGUUUUACUUCGAUCGCUUUUCCGGCUAUUGGAUGUGGCGAACACAGUUGUGCUGUUGAUAUUGUUGUUAAAACAAUGAUUAGAGAAAUGAAACAACAAAUGCAAUCGAGAAGGUUAGCAUGGCACGUUAAAUUUAUCGUUCAACCUAAUCUACGCGACGUUUACGAUGAAUUUUGUAAGCAACUUCUCUCAUUAAAUAAAGAACCCAUCGAUUUUCAAGUCCCAACAACAUGGGAAAGAGAUGAUGAAAAUAACAUACGGUUCAGUGUAUUGCCCAAAACAAACGAAUACAAAAUGAUUAAACACGGUUUUCAUCAGUCAAUGGGAAAUAAGUAUCGUGAAAUUAUCAAUAUUGAACGUAUUCAGAAUGAACGAUGGUUUAUGCAAUAUUUGGCACAUUCAAGAGAUUUUUAUAAACGAUUAAAUGAGAAUACUGAAAAACAACUAUAUCAUGGUUGUCCUGAAAGUGCAACGAUUGCAAUUAUGGAAGACUGUUUUAAUAGAAGUUUUGCUGGUGUUAAUGGUACAGCAUAUGGUGUUGGUGUUUAUUUUUCAUCGAAUGCAGCUUAUAGUCAUGGCUUUGCUAAAGCGAAUUCUAAAGGAGAACGAUUCAUGUUUGUAGCUCGUGUUCUGAUUGGAAAAACAAUCCAAGGAAAUAGUUCAAUGAAAACUCGACCUCUGGGCUUCGACUCAACAACAGAUGGAAAUCAUAUUUUCGUUACCUACCAUGAUGCACAAGCGUAUGCUGAGUAUUUAAUUACAUAUAAAUAA